AUGGCUGCUCCUCCACAAACACAAGUGGUUGUUGCACCACCACCUUUCCCGUAUACAUUGAGUUCCUCUGACAAUCCAGGAGCUUUGAUAUCUUCUGUGAUUCUACAAGAAGAUAAUUAUUCUGAAUGGGCUACUGAGCUACGCAACUCGUUGCAAGCUAAACACAAGCUAGGUUUUAUCGAUGGAUCUAUUCCCAAACCUACCGCUGACCCCAACUUAAGCUUGUGGCGUGCUGCGAACUCUAUGAUCGUGGGCUGGAUUCGAACUUCCAUUGACCCUAAACUUCGAUCCACCAUUUCCUUCAUUGCUGAGGCAUCGACGUUGUGGGAAAGCCUUCGGUCACGGUUCUCAGUUAGCAAUGGUGUGCGUAAACAAGUUCUUAAGGACGAGAUCGCCGGCUGUAAACAGAACGGUCAAUCUGUUUUGGACUACUAUGGCCGCCUGUCAAAAUUAUGGGAGGAGCUGCAGAACUACAAGACUGGUUGUGACUUUAAGUGCGCUGCUGCUCCGGGUAUUGCUCAAGAACGCAAAGAAGACCGAAUCCAUCAGUUCCUGUUUGGCUUAGAUCUUUCUCGCUUCAGCAACAUCUGUUCAAUGAUUACUGGAGAAGAUCCUAAGCCCCCGCUUACUCAAGUAUACUCUCGGGUCAUUCGAGAGGAGCAAAUUCUCAAUGUCGUGCAAUCCAAGGAACUUAUCCCAUCAGAGGCGGUUGGUUUCAGCGUCAAAACAGAGGUUCAUGUUCAUGUUGCUGCUGUUACGGUGCCUCGCUUUCGUGAUCGUGCCUCUCUGUCAUGCACACAUUGUCGGCGCCAAGGUCAUAAAGCAUCGAAGUGCUUCCAACUUCAUGGUUUCCCGGACUGGUAUUUUGACAACAAAGGUGGUACUCGAUCGGAUCUCCGAGACACUUCCAAUCGUCCAGUUCAGCGAGGAGGACGUCCAACGAGGGGUGCUGGUCGCGGUCGGGGUCGUGCUAACAAUGCUCGCGUCGGUUCUCCUAACCAAGGUGGUAACAAUCAGAUAACGCAUCUCAUCAACUUGCUUGAAGCUCAACGUUCCAACACGUCUUCAGAGAAGUUGUCGGGUAAAACUCACUUGUCUGAUGUUGUCUUAGAUACGGGCGCCUCUCAUCACAUGACGGGUGAUCUCUCUCUUUUGGUUGAUGUUUUUGACAUCAUUCCAUCACCUGUUACGAAACCUGAUGGUCAUCCAUCAUGGGCUACUAAGUGUGGCUCACUUCCGUUGAGCUCAGCUUAUUUACUCACCAAUGUUUUGUUUGUGCCUAAUCUCAACUGCACUUUGAUAUCAGUUUCGAAACUUCUCAAGCAAACUG